UAACGAUUUGUUGUAGCCGUAAGGAUGAUUCUCAUCUGAUUCGCCUGAACGCAUUUGAAAAUUCGACAACCGUUGUGAUCCCGAACAAAUCUUUACCAAAGAACUGACAAUAGGGAAAAAGAUAAUUACUUUUUUGAUGAACCCUAACACACAAACAAACCCUAAACAAAAACAAACAACUAAACUGACGAAAACUAACGACUCCACCAUAGGGAGACGGACACGGGGCUAAUGCUUGAGUGCGGAAUAUAACAUCUCUCAAAAAAAAAUAGUAAAAAUAAAAAAUAAUAGCAAUAAAAAAUAAAAAUAAAAAAUAAAAAAAUUGAAUCUACCAUAUUUUGUUUGUUUGUUUAUAUAUCCAUCAUUCAUUUCAUUUCCCCAAUUCAUUCCAACUUUCAAUUUCUAACACCUCACCCUUUAUCCCUUUCUCUCUCUUACUCCAUACUUAAGUGUCACUCCCUAAUUAAAGAGAAUCCUACAACAAACAACCCCAAGAAAAAGAAAAAAACAGAGAAAUCUGAAUAAUAAUAAACCCCUCCAAAAAAAAUAAAAAUAAAAAUGGUUUUAUCAUUAGUAGGAAGUAUAAAAGGUGGAGAAAUUUCAUCAGCAGCAGGUUUAAGAAUUGUAAUACUUCAAAUUUCAGAGGUUGAAUGCUCUAAUAUUGUGGUUAAAUCUGGGUUAAAAUCCUUAACAAGAACUUCCAUCAAAUCAAUAUCAUCAAACAAUAGUUCUUCUUCGGUGAUUAUUGAUUGUUUUCUCAAAUCAUGCCAUUUAUGCAAGAAGCCUCUUUGCCCUGAUAAAGAUGUUUACAUGUACAGGGGUGACCAAGGAUUCUGUAGCAUAGAAUGUAGGAACAGGCAAAUAAUGGUGGAUGAGAUGAAAGAAAUGGAAGUCAAGACCAAGAAGAGGCUUGCUACUUCUACUGCUACUUCCAUAGAUUGUGCUGGAUGUGAGACUUGUAAGCUAUUAGAGGACCUUCGACGACGUCGACAACACCGUAACAAUAAGCUUAAACCCUUGAUCCCUCCUACAAAACUACAACAACCUUUACUCUCUUUUUCAUAGUUUGUAUGGUAUGAACCAUAUGAUAUAUUGUUCAGUUGAUCAUAUAUAAAUAUAUACUACAUGCGUAGUACUUAGGGAUAUUUUGGUGUAGAAAUUUGGUAUGGUAUUAGUUAGCUAAGAGCACUUUACUAAAUGGCCUGGUCGGAAAUUCCAAGUCAGAUCAUUUAGCAAAUGUAGCCACCACUUUUGGAAUCAAUUUAUUUUAUUUUUAAAGCUAAUUCUUC